AUGGCAUACGUGCAAUCCCGCCGCAGAGCCGCCUCACCAGACUCUCCAGACAACAAGGAGAAUCAACCGCCGAAGAAACGAAAGAGGGUCGAGCCAUCUGUGAAUGACCUUCUCAAGAAAUCGAAGUCGAAGCAUCGGACUGCACGCGAUGUCCUCGCGCCACUGCCAGUCGGUAUUUCCAAGAAAGCAAAGGCGCAGGACACGGACUUCUUCAAGCGGUUCUCUAAGAAGCGAAUCAACUCCGACGAUGAUCCUCUAAGAGUCGCCCCGGGUUUCUUUCGCAAGAUUGACCAAGACAAGGAGCAGGAGCGUGCGCUCGACACCGGCUACGCUGAUGCUGCCCAUGCGUACUGCGAAGGUGCUGCUUCGGAAGCGAAGCGGCGUGUCGACCAUUUUCGAGCUGAACUCGACGCACGUCGACAGGGUCUCGAUCUGGACGGGCAGCCACUACACCGCAAAGGUCAUCCUUCGAAAGCAGACUUUGACAACGUGUUUGCUCAAAUGAACGACCUUGCCAAACCGCUUGAGGAUGAGAUGAUUGAUGUCGAGUUUAGGGAUGCUGCCACCGGUCAAAGCCAGUUUCGCCAAUUGAGAGUUGGUAGCACAUUGGACAAAUUCUUCGAACGACACACACGGAAACGAGGUGUAGUGGCAGAGAUUGCGAGUGAGGUCCGUCAGGUGGAGGCUGAAAUCACGAAGCUUGUGGAGCAGAUUCAGAAGGAGAAGGAGGCUAUGGAAAAGAACAGUGCUGAAGUCGAGGCGGAGAUCGCGGAGCUACGGCAGGACUUGGAAGGAGUGGAGAAUGACUUCAAGACCGAGAUGCAGGCUUUCCGGAGAACCCUCAAGGCCGAUUCUGAUGAGGUGAACAAGAAGAUUGAGGAGUUGAAAGCGUACGUGGGAAGUUAA